AUGCUGCGAAGCGUUCAAGGACCCGUUGGGGGAAUCCUGGCUCCACCGUCGCAGAUGCAGCCUAGAGAGCGUCGGGCGGGAGUUGUAGCCGAACUCCUGGACCGGAGAAGCCCCAAGGCUGUCAGUCAUGCACCAGUGCCCCAUUACUCCCCCUGCCCUCUGGGCCAGCGGGGUGAUCCCUGUCCACCUCAGGGGGACCACGCAGCUCAAGCAGGGAAUCGACUGAUGAAAGCAGCGCCUUACCCAACAUUGCGAAUACCGCGUGGUCCCCACACUCCAGUGAUGAUCGAGCUGGCAUCAUCUCCAGUGUUCUUUGUGAAUAAUUAA